GUGGAGCUCUUCUGUGUGGAAAAUGUCUUCCCGUGUAUAUCCUGCCAACAUGGAGGUAUUCGAUAGCCUGAAGUUACAUAUAACUUCAGAUAAGUUUAUAGUUGAACCCUUUGCUGGACAUUUGAAAAACCCAAAUGUUUUAGUGAUUGACAGAGUCACACAAGACAUAUCGUUACAUGAUUUUGUUCAUGAUAUUCCUGCGUCUGCUAUUACCAAAUCUAUUUAUGGCAUCAUUGGAAUCAUACGCUUGGUGGCAGGACCGUAUCUUAUAGUUGUGACUGAACGAGAGAAAGUAGGACAUAUUUUGAAUAAUGUGGUCUGGAAAGUAACAAAGACUGAAUUGCUCUGUUACAAACGUUCCCUCACACAUUUGAAUGAAAGACAGAUUACCAUAAACAAAAGCUAUUUGUCUCUCAUGGAGGUCAUGCUGAAUACUGAACACUUCUACUAUUCCCCGACCUUUGAUCUGUCUCAUACAGUACAAAGGCUAUACAACACAAGUCCAGAGUUCACCUCACUAGGAUUUCUUGAAAGGGCAGAUCAAAGGUUUAUUUGGAAUUCCCAUGCACUGACAGAGUUGUCCCAGCAACCAGAGUUAUCCAGAUUCUGUUUACCUAUGAUUCUGGGCUAUGUCUCAGUUAAUUCAAUAAAAGUCAAUGGUAAGACUUUGGAAUACGUACUUGUCUCUCGGAGGUCAAUAUAUCGUGCUGGGACAAGGUUCAAUGUCCGUGGUCUAGAUCUUCAAGGUCAGGCUGCCAACUUUGUUGAAACAGAACAGAUAGUGAUGCACGGUAGUGAUGUCUGCUCAUUUGUACAGACCAGAGGCUCUAUCCCAUUAUUCUGGACACAGAAAGCUAAUCUCAAACGUCUUCCCAACCCAGUUGUUAUGGACAUAGAUCAUAUGCAAGCGUUCCAAAAGCACUUUGAUCAACAAGUUUAUGUUUAUGGGAACCAGGUCAUAGUCAACUUGAUCAACCAAGAUGGCCCAGAACAAGUUCUAGAGAAGAAGUUAGCUCAAGUUGUCACAAAUGCCCAGAAUGAAAACAUAAGAUAUGAGCCCUUUGACUUCCACAAAGAGUGUAAAAAAAUGAGAUGGGACAGAUUGAGUAUUUUAAUGGAAAGGUUAAAGCCGGACAUGAAAAAGUUUGGCUACUUCAUGGAACUGAAGGGCAGCGUGGUCAAGCUUCAAGGGGGCGUGUUCCGUACCAACUGUAUCGAUUGCCUUGACAGAACAAACGUGGUUCAAAGUCUUAUAGCCAAAGAGAUAUUACAGGAGCAACUUGUGAAACUAGGUCUAUUGCGUUCUGAAAAAGAAUUACAAGACCAGAAAGCUUUUGAUGCUAUAUUUAAAAAUGUAUGGGCAGACAACGCUGACGUUAUAUCUAAAGAGUAUGCUGGGACUGGGGCUCUGAAAACAGAUUUCACCAGAACAGGGAAGAGAACUUUGUUUGGUGCCUUGAUGGAUGGAUACAACUCAGUGAUUAGAUAUGUCAAGAAUAACUUUCAGGAUGGUUCCAGGCAGGAUGCCAUGGAUCUGUUUCUAGGGAACUAUAUAGUGGAAGAAAAUGAAGGUCUGACUGUCAAGUCUCCUCUUGAAUCUGCCAGAGAUUGGAAAUAUUAUGCUGUACCUGUGAUCUUCUUAGUUGCCUUCUCCAUGUUUAUGGUCAGUGUGCUGUUACCUGAUGAGCAUCUAAGUGAGCAGAUGUUGUAUGUGCUGUUCUGGGGCAUGGCCUGUUUUCUGACGCUGGCCACCAUGCUCUUGUUUGGAGCCAUCUUUGUUGACCAGCCCAAGCUGGCCCAGAACAAGGUGAAAUCGGACUAGCUAUAUGACAACGACAUCUAUAUUGUCUGACUAAUAAAGGCAGUCAGGUUCUUGUUUACUAGACGGACACUUUUGUUUUCUUUUGGACUCCGUGUCUUGAUGGCAGAGGCCAUGAUGACAUUCUGAUGGCACCAAUAAUGUAUCUCAAUGUAGUUUUGUGAAAGGGGAAAAAGGAGGGGUGGGGGGGGGGAAGUUUUUUUCAUUUGCUUGGAAUACUGAAAUAUUUUUGUUGCAGCUUUAUUUGAUUUAAGAUGUGAAAUGUCUAGAAGUUAAGCUAUGAAAUGUCUAGAAGUUAAGCUAUGAAAUGUCUAGAAGUUAAGCUAUGAAAUGUCUAGAAGUUAAGAUAUGAAAUGUCUAGAAGUUAAGAUGUGAAAUGUCUAGAAGUUAAGCUAUGAAAUGUCUAGAAGUUAAGAUGUGAAAUGUCUAGAAGUUAAGCUAUGAAAUGUCUAGAAGUUAAGAUAUGAAAUGUCUAGAAGUUAAGAUGUGAAAUGUCUAGAAGUUAAGCUAUGAAAUGUCUAGAAGUUAACAUAUGAAAUGUCUAGAAGUUAACAUAUGAAAUGUUUAGAAGUUAAGCUAUGAAAUGUCUAGAAGGAUUGUUCCCCUUUUACCUAAGGAAUUGGUCCCACCCCCUUUUUAUUUUAAAUUGUUUCGCUGCUUAAGUCCUGAAAUAUCUUAAAAGUUUUAUCGCUGCAGUCUGUGGAAAAUUCUUUGAAGCUAUGGUAUUUUAUUUUUUUUUUAAAAUUUAGUCUUUAUUAGUUGUAGAUUUGUUGCUGAAGAGAAAAAAAAAAAAGUGAAUUGAAUUUGUUCUUGUUGAAUAAGUUACAUUCAUAUGCAAGACAUUUUGCAGUCAUAUCCUAAGUGAGUUGAGAGGUGUGUGUCUGAAGUGCCCUGUUUUGUUAUUUACUUUAUAUUUCAUGUUGUAUUCAAACUUUUUACUCUCUGAUCAUGUAUUUAUUAUCUCUUUCAUUUGACGACUGAAUCAUUGUGGAAGUAUGAAUGGACUCAGUGGAAUGGUGGUUAUUUACAUUACUUCUGAGAACUGCAAUGCAGUUUUAUUUUUUGUUUGGCCGUGAUAAACUAUUUUGUUUUGACUUGUUUUUCAUCCAUGAUAAACUUUUUUUUGUUUUGUUUUGUCCAAUGUUUUAAAGCGAGUUUAUUUUGUAAUAAAAAAAAACGUGAUAAACUUUUUUUGGGGUUGGAAGAAGUAAAAAAGGAAAGGGGAAUGCACAUAAAUAUUAAUAAAAUUAAAUAACAUCUAACUAAAAACUAUUCCUGUUGUUGUUUUUUUUUAGUUAUUAAGUCCAGUAAUUGAAGCCUUUAUGCUUUCUAAUUUUACAAAAUACAUUUUUAUCAAAGGAAUGUUCGAAUUCACCCACAGAUCUAUUGAAAAUAAUUUUCAAAUGCAGUUCAGUGUUUCAAUGACAAGAUGGAAUCGGUUGAUAAACAAAUUGAUUUUGUUAACAAUUAACAGUACAGUUUAUAGUGCAAGAUAAAGAAAAUGUGUAUGUAGUCUUGUUUAGCUUUGGUUCUUACCAAAUUUAUGUUUAGUUUAGUUUGCUGUUCUAAUGCUGAAAACAAACAAGGGAGGAAACUGAGGUUGGAGGAACCAAUACAUUUUAUUACUGUAUAUAUAGCUCCUUUUUUUUUUUUUUUUUUUUUAUUAUUAUAGCUUUUAUAUAGCGCUACUUUCAUGCUUAUAGCAUGCUCAGAGCGCUUUGGUCCAAUCUCAUUUGUGGACCGGUGGGGGGGAGGGGGUAUCUAGGAGUUGGUUUUCCGUGCUGCCUUUAGGCGCUCAGUAAACGCAACUCUGCCCGAGUCGGGUGUCGAACCUCGAGCCCCCUUCUAGGUAGCCAAGACAAGCCAAGUUCAAGCGCACUUAGCCUCUCGACCACGCUUCCCAUCUCUUUCCUGAUUGAGCACAUUUCUCAUAUCCUAUGAACUCGAAGAUGACUGUUAAGUCCAAUCUUUCGCUUUAAAAAGUCAGCCACAUACCUGGCAUGGGUAGGUUUGGUCAGUUGCAGAUAGGCCUGCUUCUUCUCUCAGCUUUUUGUUGGUUCGCCACUUUUUCAUGCUGGCCUCUCUCCUUGCUUGCUAUCUCGUGUAUCUCACAGCUCUUAAGGUUGUCUUUAUAGCACUUGUAUUGUAUUACUAGUUGAAAUUGGAAACAACUUGGCAAAUUAACAGACUAAACAAUAAAAAACAAAUAUUUAUACCCUUUUCUAAAACAACUAACUCUAAAUUAUUUUGACAUGUUUAAAACAUAUCAAACAAAAAGAUCAGCUAUUACUAUCUUUAUCUAGGAGUUUUUCCUGUAAUAUUCUAUUUGUUUUUUUUUUAAUGGAUUUUUUUAUUGGUUCCAUCUUUUAAAUUUUAUUUUUGACAAUACAAAUGCAGAAAUGUGUUUAACACUAAUUCCUACUGUGUUGAUGUACACUCUGCACAGUAUUGGUUAAUAUUGACUCGAUGCCUUCCAUGUAUUUUAACUUUACACUCCAAACUUUUCUUAUAAGAAAUAAAGUCUCAGAGCAAGGUGCAUUGGAAAAACGUAUUGAGCUGUUAAUUAAAAAGGAAGGAAAUAUAAUGGGGUAUCCCAUCAUAAAACAACAUAUCAUAUUCAUAUUCAGGUUAUAAUCACUCCUAGAAUUAAUGCUGUACUGUUGUUGUUCCAGUAUGCUAAAAAUGAGAUGAUUCAGUUUGCUAGUAGAAUUGAUUCUUUUAUUUUUAAAGUUUAUGAAAGUUGAAAUCAGAAUAUCAAUGAUGGAGCUUAGGUUUUCACGUUUUCUACACCCAAAAUAAAAAGUUUAUUAAAAUAUAGAUGCCCCCCUAAUGUUAUGCGAACUUUUGGGCAUGAGAAUGUUAAAAAAAAAGAUAUAUAACUUUUAUUUAUUGAUUUUUUUAACAUGUGAAGUGUGUAUACAUAAUUUUAUGAAAUGUAUAGAAAUUAUGAAGUUUUUUAAGUUAUGUCACUGUUUUUUUUCUACAUAAUUUUAAGGACUUGUAAUUCAUUCAUUAUUUUGUAUUUUUAUUUUUGUCUUUAAAAAAAAUAAAACCCCCAAAACACAAGACCUAUCUUAAUGCAAAUAUUAAAAUUUCCAAUAUAGAUUUGUUUAGACCAAUUUAGUAUCCAACUGUAACAGCUUUCAGAAACUGAAAGUCAAUCUCAGAUUGUUUGUCAUUCUAUGGAUUUCAUUUAUUCCUUUCUGCUCUAUAAAAAAAUAUUUCAUCAGAUUUAGAUUUAAUGUCCCUUUGUAAACACUUACCUAUAUAUAAACCUAACCUAUAUACACAGGUAUUGUUCUUUUCAUGUAGAGAUAUUGUUAUUUUGAAAACUUUAACUAAAUGUUUUUAGUCAGGAAGUUAUAUCUAGUCUAUACAAUGUACAAUAGAACAUCGAUUUCCAGAUUAUAGGGGAACAGUUUCUGUUCAGAUGAUCAAUCAUCCAGAUAACCUAAUGGAGACUAUUAUAAACGGUCCAAUAAAAAUGAUAUUAUGGGGGUAUUACAUUAUAUGUACACAUAACAUUAAAGCAAAAUAUACAGAGGAACAAAGCAUUAUACAUAGUAGCCUCCCAUGAUUAAGAGAAAUAAUUGCUUAUCUUUCCCUGCACAUCAGCAAGACCAGUUAGAUACUGUACUGUAAAACAAACCAAAAAAAGGAAGUGGUAAUGUUAGACUUUCCAGAUAACUGACAUCCUGAUAAACGAUAUUCUACUGUUUAUUACAAGUGUUGCUUAUUACAUUAUUUGAUCUCAGUUUGAAUAACAGUUACUUUAAAACUUAGCCGGAAUCAGUAUCUUGAUCAAGGCAUACAUGGGAAAUAGAUACAGAGUUCUCCCUACAAACUUGUAGCAGAAAUUUUGUCAAAGUUUCAACAUUUUUUUAAUUUAUUAAACCAUUGCAUUUCUUUUUAAAAUUUCUUCUGAGGCUGUGAUACAUUCACCUCCUUCAAAAAAUUGUUAGUGUUCUAUAGACCAAUACUGAGUGAGGGUUAGGUGUGCAUGCAUGAGUGUGUGUGCAAAGCAAGUGCAGAUGAGUGAGGUAGGAGAAUUGUCAAAUAUGUUUGUGUAAUGUCUUCAAUCAAAUUUCCUAUUUACAUUGUACUAAUAUUAUCUAGAUUUUGUUUUUUUCCCAUAGGGAAUAUUAAAUGAAUUUUUCUCUAACUAGACUCUCUUGAUCUAUAAAUAAUAUUUCUUUUAACCAUGGUCUUUUUUUUUUU